AUGGCGCAUCCCGCCAACACUCGUUUCCUGUACAUUUCUGCAGGCUUUUUUCUCGUCCUCAUCGUCCUUCUACUGACUCACCACCGUGAUGAGCUCGCACAACAUGUCACAUUGCCCUUUAAAGCCGAUUCCAAUACGUUCGACUCGUCAGAAAAUCAAUAUCCACUCAAGAACCCGGAGGAGAAGGUCGCCUUCGCUACAUGGUAUAGCAGUACUGUCAACGAGAAUGGCGACAAUUGGCAGGACGACGUCUACUUCACCGCCACUCGCAUGCUUGCCUACCAAUUACUCCACGACCCAAAGACGAAGACUCGCAACAACAUCCCCUUCAUCAUUCUCUGCACUCCAGACGUAUCCGAAGCUCGUCGCGCGCGCUUGGCAAAAGAUGGAGCGACAAUACACCCGGUAGACUGGUUGACACCCAACACUGACUGGAUGCAAAAAUCUGGUGGCGCGCAACGGGAGACAUGGCAUGAUAUCAUGUCCAAGCUUCACGUCUACGAACUCACUGACUACUCACGCGUCCUCCUGAUUGACGGCGACACUCUUCUCCAAUCACCGCUCGACCAGAUCUUUGACGACCCGAUGGCCCAGCUUAUGCAAACAAACAAUGACCCCGAACUUACAAAGGAUGACGAAGCACCUCUUCCCGAAAAAUAUCUGUUGGCUAGUACAGCCGAAGUCGAGGGUCCAGAUCACUCUUUUCCCCCAACCGACGAGGAGGUGCGAAAUCCCGACUACUUCUGCGCUGGCUUCUUCAUGCUUGCUCCCUCAAAGGAAAUGUACGAGCACGUUGUAUCAGUCAUGAAUAUCGAAGACCGCUUCUCGCCCUUGUACAUGGAACAGAAUUUACUAAAUUAUGUUCAUCGUCGAGAUGGCCCGAUGCCAUGGACUGGCCUAGACCGAACGUGGAAUAUUCGCGACUUGAACGAAAACGAUCUCGAUGGUGGCGUCGUUUCCGCUCACAUGAAAUGGUGGGAAGAGCCAUUGUCGCAUCACCAGAAGGUCAAGGAUUGGUUUCUUGCCGUGCGCUGGAAGAUGGAAGGCUAUUAUCAAGGCUACGAUGAACUCAAGGGCAAGUUCCCGAAAUACAUACCUGCAACAACACCUCCGGCACCCCGAGCAACGAUGGUUCCUUCAUCGAACUCGCGACUCUUCCGACUAUAG